CGCGCACACUCGGCGGCGGCACGGUGGAAAAGAGGGAGCAAAAACAUACCACGCCCGCCCCACCCCUAUCCGGCGGGUGAGCUUAAAUCGAGCUAGGUUUUUCUACAUAAGUGGAGAAAGCAAUUUGGGCACGUGGUGACUACCUUCACUUUACGAUGUCUGAAGAUGAAGAAAGAGUGAAAUUGCGCCGUGUUGAACCAGCUAUCCAGAAAUUCAUUAAAGUAGUGAUCCCAACGGACCUGGAAAGGUUGAGAAAACAUCAGAUAAAUAUUGAGAAGUAUCAGCGAUGCAGACUUUGGGAUCGGUUACAUGCAGAACAUAUCCAUGCGGGUCGGACAGUUCAGCAACUUCGCUCCAACAUCCAACAAAUGGAGAAGCUAUGUUUGAAAGUCCAUACAGAUGACAGGGGAGUUCUGAAAAGAAUGAUGGACCCUGUUAAAGAAGCAGCUUCAAGUGCAAUAGCAGAAUUUCUCCAACUUCACUUGCAGUCUGCAGAAGAACUUAAAAAUCAGUUUAAUGAUGAUGGAACCUCACUUCAAUCUCCUUUGACAAGAUCAAUGACUGUAGGAGAGGCAUUUCAUACCACCAAAGCUGAAGCUGGUCCCCAGAGUUUGGUCCAGGUGUAUUCAUCUCUGCCUGAAAUUCCUCAAGAUCAAAAUGCUGCAGAAUCCUGGGAAUCUUUAGAAGCGGAUUUGUUGGAGCUCAAUCAGCUAAUUACUGAUUUCUCUCUGUUAGUGAAUUCUCAGCAGGAGAAGAUUGACAGCAUCGAAGACCAUGUCAACAGUGCUGCUGUGAAUGUUGAAGAGGGAACCAAAAACUUGGGGAAGGCUGCAAAAUACAAGCUGGCAGCUCUGCCUGUCACAGGUGCAAUCAUUGGAGGAGUAGUAGGGGGUCCACUUGGCCUCUUUGCAGGCUUCAAGGCAGGAAUUGCAGCUGCAGUUGGUGGUGGGUUGUUGGGCUUCACAGGUGGAAAAUUGAUACAAAGAAAGAAACAGGAAAUGAUUGCGAUCACUUCCAGCUGUCCAGAUCUUCCUAGGCAAAGUGACAAAAAAUCCAGCUGAAAACCAGACCUGUUUCAUUAGGAUCCCUAUAGCAGUUUGCCAACAAUGAUGGACUCGCAAGUCAGCUCAUGGAAGACAAGUUUACUCAUUGACACAAGGAACGUAGACAAUCAUAUGGAAUGGAAAUGGAAUCCGAGGAAAAUUUUGUCAUUUGACAGAGUAUUAAUUGGGAUAUUUGUGUUUCAGUAGCCCAGGUCUUAAGAACUGCCUCUCAGGUGAAGUUCAAAGAUGGCUGUUAAGUUACAAAUUUUCUACUUAUGUGAUGGUUGAGUUAUGACCUUCACAAGGACUAGGAUCAUUUGCCAGUCUGUCAGUGUUUAGUUUUAAGGUAGGUUUAAGGGAUAUUAGAGAAAUGUUUCCCUUAUUUACCCUGACUUGAAAAUCUAAAGAAUUGGCAAGUUUGUAGGAAAUUAUUUUAACUAUAGAAAGAAAAUGAAAGUUAUUCUACAAGCCUUUUCUUGGGGAACUGGAACUUGGUCUCUGGGUGGAAGUACAAUUGAGAUGUCAUCAUGUUCAGUGUGUGUCUACUGGGUGAGACUGCUACAGUCUGGCACAUGCCCAGGGGACUGGUGUGAAUGAAACCCAGCACAACACAGCCUUACCCUGCCCAGAACUGUUAAAAGAUUGAAAAGACAGUCAUAUCCUUCAUAUCUUGUUUUCUUUUCUUUUUUUUCCCAAAACAUCUCCUACCUCUCUUCCAAGCUUUCUAUUACUUUGAACUUGCCUUCUUAACUUUUUUUUUCUUCUGCCUCUCUUUAAAUAAAAAAAAUAAGUGGUAGGAGACUUCCUUUG